AUGUCAGCCGUGCGCAGGAAGUUUGGGGACGAGUACCAGGCCGUGGGCCUCGCUCAAUGCAGCGCCCGCAGAGAGCGGCAGCGCUUCGUGGACAAGAACGGGCGCUGCAAUGUGCAGCACGGGAACCUGGGCGGAGAGAGCAGCCGCUACCUCUCCGACUUCUUCACCACGCUGGUGGACCUCAAGUGGCGCUGGAACCUGCUCAUCUUCCUGCUGACCUACACGGUGGCCUGGCUGGUGAUGGCCUCCAUGUGGUGGGGCAUUGCGUACCUGCGCGGUGACCUGCACCAGGCGCACGGUGACACUUACAGCCCGUGCGUGGCCAACGUGUACAACUUCCCCUCCGCCUUCCUCUUCUUCGUCGAGACCGAGGCCACCAUCGGCUACGGGCACCGCUACAUCACGGAGCGCUGCCCCGAGGGCAUCGUGCUGUUCCUCUUCCAGUCGCUGCUGGGCUCCGUUGUCGAUGCGUUCCUCAUCGGCUGCAUGUUCAUCAAGAUGUCCCAGCCCAAGAAGCGAGCUGAGACCCUCAUGUUCAGCCGUGCCGCGGUCAUCUCGCAGCGGGAUGCCAAGCUCUGCCUCAUGUUUCGUGUGGGCAACCUCCGCAACAGCCACAUGGUGUCUGCCCAGAUCCGAUGCAAGCUCAUCAAGUCUAGACAGACACCGGAGGGAGAAUUUCUGCCACUAGACCAGUGUGAACUGGAUGUUGGAUUUGGAACUGGAGCUGACCAGCUGUUUUUAGUUUCCCCUUUAACCAUCUGCCAUGAAAUUAACUCAGAGAGUCCCUUUUUCUGUCUUUCACAAAGAUCACUGAGGAGUGAGCAAUUUGAAAUAGUUGUCAUCCUCGAAGGAAUCGUUGAGACCACCGGGAUGACGUGCCAAGCCAGGACCUCAUACACAGAAGAUGAAGUCCUCUGGGGUCACAGGUUCCUCCCAGUAAUGUCACUGGAAGAUGGCUUUUUCCGUGUUGAUUAUUCUCAGUUUCACGCCACGUUUGAAGUCCCCACUCCUCCUUACAGUGUUAAAGAGCAAGAAGAAAACCUGUCCCAGUCAUCUCUCUUGAAUAGUCCUUUUGAUAAGAAAAACAGACGAGAACAGGUUUGUCCACUGGACAGUGCUGAUACUACAGGAGAGAAGAACAAGCUCCCUGCUAAACUUCAGAAGAUCAGCUCUAGGAAGGAAGCCCUUCCACCAAGAGCCCUGGGAAUGAGUUCCAGUAAUAUAGAGAAGACUCUCAGUACUGGAGACCUCUUGGAAAUUCAAGAAAUAAGUCCCACCUCUGAUGGUGAAGAUAGCGAUAACAGGAUGCAGCUGAAAGCAUUAAAAAUAAAUGCCAAGGCUCUGACUCAGUCUACCAGUGAGCUCAAGUUACAGAAGGAUUUUCCAGGUAUGGGCACUCCAGAGAUGAAAUUAGAAGAUAAUUUUCCUGCCAAACUUUGA